AUGGGCAGCAUUGUCAAUGGCACCAACGGCGUAUCGCGCCGCCAGCGCAAAUACUGGCAGGACGCUACCGUCUACCAAAUAUACCCAGCCUCUUUCAAGGACUCCAACGGCGAUGGUAUGGGCGACCUACAAGGCAUCAUCUCCAAACUCGACUAUAUAAAAGAGCUUGGUGUCGAUGUCAUCUGGGUCUGCCCAAUGUACGACAGCCCCCAGGUCGACAUGGGCUACGACAUCUCUGACUACGAGUCCGUCUAUCCGCCCUACGGCACCGUACACGAUAUGGAGGAGUUGAUUGAGGGAACACACAAGCGGGGCAUGAAGAUAAUACUGGACCUGGUUAUCAACCACACCAGUGAUCAGCAUGCCUGGUUCAAGGAGAGUCGAAGUAGCAAGGAGAGCGAGAAGAGAGACUGGUACAUCUGGCGCCCAGCGAAGUAUGACGCAGACGGCAAUCGGCGGCCGCCGAACAACUGGCGCUCCGAAUUUGGCGGGUCUGCGUGGGAAUGGGACGAGGGAUCGCAGGAGUAUUACCUGCAUCUUUUCGAGCCACAACAGCCUGAUCUGAAUUUUGAAAAUGAGGAGGCGAGGAAAGCCAUAUACGCAUCUGCCAUAGAGUUUUGGCUAGAGAGGGGCGUCGACGGUUUCCGCGUCGACACAGUCAACAUGUACAGCAAGCACCAGGAGUUUGUGGACGCCCCAAUAAAAGACGAGACGAGCUUCUUCCAGAAGGCUGCAGAUUUCUAUUGCAAUGGUCCCUACAUGCACGACUACCUCUCUGAGAUCUACGCGAUUCUGGAGAAGUACGACGCCUUCACCGUCGGCGAACUACCGCACACACCAGAUCCAGCACACAUCCUCCGUUACGUUUCUGCUGAGGCGAAGCAACUGAACAUGGUAUUCCAGUUCGAUGUCGUCAACGUGGGAUUGGGGCCAAGAUACAAGUACGACUCAAAACCGUACAACUGGGCGUUGCCGGAGUUUAAGAAGGCGCUUAGCGGUACGCAAAUUCUGAUCGACGACAAUGAUGGCUGGACCACCGCUUUCCUCGAGAACCACGACCAGGCGCGCAGCAUCACGCGGUUCGUGACUGACAAACCCGAGUUCCGCGUGCAGGCCGGAAAAAUGCUUGCAAUCAUGCUGAGCGCAUUCAGCGGGACGCUGUAUCUCUACCAGGGGCAGGAGAUCGGCAUGGUCAACAUCCCGAAAGACUGGCCCAUCGAGGAGUACAAGGACAUUGACGCGCUGAAGUACUACAAGUUCGUCAGCGAAAGGACCAAUGGCAAUCAGGCAGAGCUGGAUGCGGCGCUGGAGUCACUAAACUACUUUGGCCGCGACAACGCCAGGACGCCGAUGCAGUGGGAUGACUCACCUCACGGCGGCUUCACCAGCGGCAAGAAACCGUGGAUGCGCGUCAAUGACUCUUUCCACGAGAUCAACGUUGCGCAGCAACAGAAGGAUAAGGACAGUACCCUGGCGUUCUGGAAGAAGAUGCUCAAGCUCAGGAAGGAGUAUAACGAUGUCUUUAUUCAUGGCAACUACAAGGUUCAUGACAUGGAGAGCCCGAGCACAUACAUCUUUACUAAGAGCCACAACGGGCAACAGGUGCUGGUCCUUCUGAACUUCACGGAGAAAGAGCAGGAGUACAGCGUGCCUAGCGAGGUGGAUGGGAAGCUGGAGUUGCUAGUCAGCAGCGCGGAUAGCACUGAGGGUCCCCUCAAACCGUAUGAGGGCAGACUGUAUCUUGUCUCGUAA